CCCAUUUUGCUUCUUCUGACUAGGGUUUUGGUAUCUCUCUUUCGAUAUUCUCCCGUUCAUCGGAUAUAUAUGGUCGGAAUGAGACUCCUUCCUGAAGAUUCCGACGUCGCGCCGGCGCGAACAUUGGCAGCAACUGACUUGACCUCCGACGACGAUCGAUCAGUAGCGGCGGACUCGUGGUCGAUAAAGAGCGAAUACGGAAGUACACUUGAUGAUGAACAACGUCAUGCUGAUGCUACUGAAGCUCUCGCCGCUGUCAAUAACCGUGCACCCUCCGAUUACAGUUCUGACAAGGAGGAGCAAGAUGCUGAAGGAGUUUCUUCAAUGCUUGGUUUCCAGAGCUAUUGGGAUUCUGCGUAUGCUGAUGAAUUGGCAAAUUAUCGCGAGCAUGGUCAUGCUGGUGAAGUUUGGUUUGGUGCUGAUGUUAUGGAAAUUGUUGCUUCAUGGACCCGAGGUUUGUGCACUGGCAUUUGUCAAAAUCACUUGUCAAAUCAUGUAGGUGAUGGCGAGCAAGUUGGGGUACAUGAGAAGGACUUGGCUGAUUGGAGUGUGCUUGAUAUUGGGACCGGCAACGGUCUGCUUCUUCAAGAGUUCGCUAAACAGGGGAGCUUUUCUGCGAACUAUUUGGCGCAAUCGCUACAAAAUCUUGAAAGUUCCAUAAUGCUGCGUUGGAAAUUUGCAGUUUGUGUAAUUGUUAAGAUAGUAUCAGUCAAGGUCACAGUUGUAUAUGAAAAGCAUAUGGCUUUUGAGAAGAAGUGA